AUGAACUACGCCUACCAGGCCAUCAAGGGAUCGGCCUGCACCGGCUACUACGGCACGUCCGGAUCUGGCGAUGCGCAGCGAAUCCAAUGGAGCAGCAUCUGGGACAUUGAUCCCACGUACCAAAAGGACGUCCUCAAGGGAUACUCCUUCAUCGGCCUGAGCCAGAACCUCGAGACCAAGCUCAGUGCCAUCCAGAGCAUCCCCAGCACCUACAGCUGGACCGUCUCCAACUCUUCGGCUUACAAAGAUAAAGGGGGGCUUUCUUUUCUACCUCUGCAUCACGCUGAACCCGGUGCUUGCAUGUUGCUGACUCAACUACCCAAAGGCAACGUCGUCUACGACUUCAUGACCUCCGACACCAAAGGCGACAGCACGUCCAGCAACGCCCAGGAACUCAUGCUCUGGCUCCGCUGGGAAGGCGGACAGGUACCCAUUGGCUGGGCCGAGGGCCCAACGGCCACGAUUGACGGGCUCUUUGGCAAGGACGGGUGGAAGCUGUACCAAGGCAAGAACACCGACACCGGCAUCACCGUGUCUUCGCUGCUUGCUCCCACCCAGUACGCCGACCUGGAGAAGGGCACCUUUGAGGGAGACAGCAAGCACUGGCUCCUCGCGCUCUCCAAGCAGGGCGUCUUUUCCGAGAGCACCUACGUUAAUGUGGGAAACGCUGGCCAGGAGCCGUACUGGGGCACUGUCACGUUCAACAACACUCUCGGCUUGAACAUCGACCUUUGA